AUGGCAACAAUCUUCCCACCCCGAACCGCCUCUCCCUCACGCUACCAACGCACCCCCUCACCAACCUCCUUCCUCGCGCAACCACAACUCCACCAGCAACAACAACAACAACAAGCAAAACCCUUCAAGCUCGCCCCCCCGCCCAAGAAGAAGCUCCGCAUGUCGUCGUCCGCCGCCGAACGCGCGCCGUCGAAGCGCCAGCAGGCCGCGAGGGAGGUUGUCGACAUCCUGCACGAGAUCUCGACGCUGCUCAAUACACACCUCGACAGGAACGCGCUCUCGCUCUGCGUGUCGCUUGUUGAGAAUGGUGUGAAUCCUGAGGCGCUGGCUACUGUGAUCAAAGAGCUUAGACGCGAGAGCGAGGGACUCAGGGACGCGCCGGAGGCGAUGGAUGUGGAUGGAUAG